CAUCUUUUGAGAAAUAUAAAAAGGAGACAUGGAAGGGCGUUAGGCUGCGUGGGCGUGAGGUCCGGCAGUUUCCAUUAUCCAAAAAUUCGCCGGUCUCCUUCCCCUGAGACGCUACCAUACACACACACGAAAUCUUCUCUCCUUAUUCGCAGAUCUCGAAACCCUAGCUCUACCUUUCCUCCUCUCGAUAAGCUUCCGGGGAUUUGUCGGUAGAUUUUGUUGAAUCGAUAUACAUCGAAGAUGUCAGAGUAGACGCUGAUAAGUGAGGGUAAAUGGACGACAGAGGGUCGUUUGUCGCAGUCAGGAGGAUUUCUCACACUCUGGAUCGAGGGAGCACCUGCCAUUUCUCUUCAGCUGAGGUUGUGGCAGGAUCUACUGCGUGGUUAGGCCGGGGGCUUUCUUGUGUUUGUGCGCAGAGAAGGGAGCACGAGUCUCGUCCUUCAUUCGAUUUCACACCUGCUCAGGAGGAGUGCUUGCAGAGGCUGCAGAGUCGUGUGGAUGUUCCCUAUGACGGUUCCAUUCCUCAGCACCAGGAAGCUCUAAGGGCAUUGUGGAAGUUAGCCUUCCCCGAGGAAGAACUACGUGGUCUGAUAUCUGAGCAAUGGAAGGAAAUGGGUUGGCAGGGAAAAGACCCGUCAACAGAUUUUAGGGGUGGAGGUUUCGUAUCAUUGGAGAAUUUGCUGUAUUUUGCUAGGAAUUUCCCUAAAUCUUUUCAGGAUCUUCUUCAAAAGCAAGUAGGUGAUAGAUCGGUGUGGGAAUACCCAUUUGCUGUUGCUGGUGUAAAUAUCACAUUCAUGGUCAUCCAAAUGCUUGACCUUGAAGCAGUUAAACCACGGACAAUGGUGGGGGCAACUUUUCUGAAAUUACUUGCAGAAAAUGAAUCAGCAUUCGAUCUUCUCUAUUGUAUCGCAUUCAAGUUAAUGGAUCAUCAGUGGCUCACUAAGCGUGCGUCGUACAUGGAUUUUAACGUACGCCAUCUUCAUCUGACGGUGAUGAAAUCCACGCGGCGUCAGCUGGAAAAAGAGCUUCUGCUUGAAGACGUAACACGUCUCGAGGACUUGCCCUCCUUUAGUCUCCUUGGCCGCUAGACAGACUUACCGGUUGGUUGUGUGGGAUCGAAUUUGAAAGGAAAAAAAAAGUGCUUUUCUUAUGACAUUUUUCUUGUGUGAAGUACGAGAUAUCCGAGAGAAGUUUUGAAUUUCUUUGUAAAGCAAUUGAUCGAUUUACAUAAGUCGUUGGUUCUUGGACCCCA